AUGAACUCCGCUGCUGCAGCUCUCGAGGCAAAGCUGCUGCAGACGAGAACAGAUGAUGGGUGUUUGUGGAGGGCUGAAAAGGGAGCCACAGCCCUGAAGCUUCUCUUCUUUGUUUUAUCCUUUAAAGCUCUUUCCACAGAAGCUCCUUCAGGCCGUCGCGGGUCUGGGCGAAGGGGCCAAGGGCAGCCGACGCACCGCUGUUCUUCUCAGAGCUCGAGGUGGGGAGUAGUCAAGAUGUUCGGCAGAUGGAAACUGACGAAUAGCUUCGUCAAGACAAGUGCGGACUCGAUAUCUCCAUCAGCAACUUUCAGCUCGAUAGAUGUCCCCCAGCACAAUGAGACGACAGCCACAUCGGAAAAGACGUUUCUGAGGAAGGCUCAUUAUUUUUGCUUGAUUCAGACCACCCCUUCCCCUUCCACCUUUGUCUUCGCAGAACCCGGAGACUACAUCAUCGGUUGUAGCUGUACAAACGGCCUGUCGGGCACUUUGGUGCCAGUUCCUCUUGGCCCUUAUCCAGAGUACAGAGGCACAUGUGGCUAUUUGCGCAUCAAGGUUCGCGAUAGAAUCAUUUCUGUACGCCAACUCCCUCCUGUCGCAGCCUCUCCGUUCCAAGGAAACUGCUGUGGGGCUCCUCAGUUUUUCAAAGAGACGGGGAGGGGAUAUGAAGUGUUCAGCCACUUGGACUCCGCCGAAAACUGCAAGUUCCGCAUGACGCUCAAGAAUGGCAUUGACGUGAACAGCAGAACAGCGGGCUCAAACGAUGGUUUCGUUUGUUCUUUCUCUUUUCGUCGAAUCCUUCUUGGAAUCGAUCGUCCGAAUGUAAUUCGCCGCGGUCGCCCCAACACGAUUGCGGAAGCGCCUGGCAAUUCCACUACAGAUGACAACAGCCUUUUUACAGAGUAUCAGCUACCUGUUUCUCGCCGCUUUGAGCUCUUUCUGGACGCACGUCUUGGAAAGGGAGGCAACGGAGAAGUUUUUCUCGCAAUGGACAGAAGACAGGGUGUCCCUGUUGCCAUUAAACGGGAACCAAAAGAAAUGCUUCGACACGAAUUCAGCCUGAUUUGUGAUAUCCGCAUAGAAGGGUCUCUGGUGACCUACGCGGCCCAAGACCCGCAUCCUUCUAAGUUCCUCGGGCUUAUGGCGCAUUCGGUUGCUCUUGAAGUCGGCAACUCAGCAGUUGCUGCAGCUGUCGCUCACCACAGCGCUAUCGGUGACUCUCACGACCACUUGGCCCUCGAGCUUGUCAACGGGGGAGAGCUAAGAAAGCUGCUCAAGGCGAAGUACCCCACAGGGAUGCCGUUCAUACCCACCGGCAAAGGGUACAGUUACGGCGUGGAUAUUUGGGCUCUAGGGACAAUAUUCUUUGAGCUGCUCACUGGCGAGCGUCUGUUCGAGUGCCUCAAUAUGAACGAUGCUAUGGAGUUCCUGCUGAAGUGCUUAACCAAAGAUCCACAGAAAAGACCCACAGCGUUCCAGCUACUUACAAGCCCAUUCUUAUUUCCUUUUCACAUCUAUCAAAUGCGAAGGCGUUUCGAAGCAACGGAUGUUUACACCUCCUACAUGCAAGCCUUUGAGAAAGGAUGGGGGAAUCUAAAGCCUAUGGAAGUACUGUCCAUGGCGGAAAAGCUCUCUUACGACAGCAGCACUAAGUCAUUCUUUGCUGAGUUCCCGGACCCGGAGGCCGUCAACGUGGUCCUACCCGUGUUUGAGUGUGUGCCAGACUUUCAAUCGCAGGAGCGCGAGAUGAGGAUCAGCAACUGGGUCCUUGCAAGCGACGCAUCGUUCUAUUUAGCCCCAAAGAAAGUCGACAGGAACUCAAAUGGAGGCCAAGUUGGGGCAUCAGCCCAUUCGACCCACAGGAACAGCCCAGUUUUAAGCUUUACGUCAGAUGAGAGCUCCCAAGACGCGGGAGAAAAUUUCUUAAGCCCUAGCUUCAACAAGAUACUUCCCGACACCCAAUAUAUUUAUCCGCACCCUAACGGCCUCAUGACAUGCGGACUGGGGGUCCCCCCGCGGGGGUCGACGUGCUCGACAUCGAUCGGAACUCCAGUGCAUGGGGCCCUGGUAUUUGGAGGUGCAGAAAAGCUGGCAGGAGGCGAUGAGGCAUUUGAAACAUUGGCCAACAGAAUCGAUUCAUUGUAG